GCAUUGCCGUCUUCCCCUUCCUUUUCUCUCGGAAUUCGCUCUCGUCCGUUCUCUCUCGCUCGCGAUUCGAUCUUUUUGUUCGGUUGCUCGGGGUUUCGGAAACCCUAGUGGAGGAGCAGCAGGGGAUCCAUCGCCUUCGUCUCAGAAACCGCUUCAAGAACCCCGCUGGGGAAGAACGCAGCCGCCGGCGUAGCACCUCCCCUCGUUCGGCCGCCGCCAUGAAUCCGGAGUAUGAUUAUUUAUUCAAGCUUUUGCUUAUCGGUGAUUCAGGUGUGGGAAAAUCAUGCCUCCUCCUAAGAUUUGCGGAUGAUUCUUACUUGGAAAGUUACAUCAGCACCAUCGGAGUUGAUUUUAAAAUACGCACUGUUGAACAGGAUGGAAAGACUGUUAAACUUCAAAUCUGGGAUACUGCUGGCCAAGAGAGAUUCAGAACAAUUACAAGCAGCUAUUACCGUGGUGCCCAUGGUAUCAUUGUAUGUUCAAACAAUCAACUUAAAUAUAUUUUAUGUUAUUCCAGAGGAAACUUGAUGGAUUGUCUAAUCGAAUCCCUUGAGUUGCAGGUAGUGUAUGAUGUGACGGAUCAGGAGAGCUUCAACAAUGUAAAGCAGUGGUUGAAUGAGAUCGAUCGGUAUGCCAGUGACAACGUGAACAAGCUUCUGGUUGGGAACAAGUGCGAUCUUACUGCAAACAAAGUUGUGUCGUACGAGACUGCUAAGGCCUUUGCCGAUGAAAUUGGAAUUCCUUUCAUGGAAGCUAGUGCCAAAAAUGCCACCAAUGUGGAGCAGGCCUUCAUGGCCAUGACUGCUGCCAUCAAGAACAGGAUGGCCAGUCAACCGGCCAUGAACGGUGCGAAGCCGCCAACAGUGCAAAUUCGGGGACAACCUCUCAACCAGAAGAGCAGCUGCUGCUCUUCCUGAGCAUUUAUUUUGACAAUGGCAUGUAAAAAACUAGGUGCGAUUCAAAUUUAUGCUUCUUUCCUAUUUUUAUGCGGUGAUACCAUUCUCCGUCAUAUAAAAGCAGUAUUAUACGACUUUUGGUAACAAGUGUUGUACAACUUUUGGAAACAGCUUCGUGUGCUUCUCCUAAUUGCUUC